AUGGGAGAGACACUUGCCGGCAAGAACCAGGCAUAUUGGAACCAAGCCUCCCAGCUUGUGUUCAAAGACAAAUGGGUGCACGAUCUGCAGAACCAGAUUUCCGAGUUUUUGACCGGUAGCGUUGAAUGGAUCGGCGUUCGGCCCAAUACUGGCGAGGAUAGCCGGCAGACGAAAUUAAUGGAUUAUGCCUGUGGAAAUGGCAUUGUUUCGCGCUCCCUACACCAUCUAUUUUCUAAAUGCAUUGGAGUCGACCUGUCAGAUGGCAUGCUAGACAAAUAUCGUGCAACCGCUGCGGAACUAGGCCUCGAUAAGUCACACAUGUUGGCUGUUCAAGGUGACCUCCUGGCUCCCACAGUAGGACCGACUAAUCCUCAACUCACUGAGGAGGAGCUGAAUGGUUUCGAUUUGGUGGCUAUAUGUAUGGCAUUGCACCAUGUCGAAGACAUCGCUUGGGCCACCAAACGUCUCGCCGAAAGACUGCGACCAGGCGGUGUUCUUCUCAUCAUUGACUGGGCAACGCUUGAUUUUUCAAAUCAGACUGAACAGCAAGCUGGAGUGCAGACAAAUUGGGAGAAUCACCACCAUCACCAUCACCACAUGCAUGACAUCAUAGAUCCAAAACAUCCUGCAGCGCAUACCAUCUCCCACGACAGCUUUUCACGGGAUCAGAUAUUCUCUCUUUUUGAACAAGCUGGCUGUGGAGAGUCUCAAUUUGUGCUGGCGGAUCGACUAUCGCCCGUUCCCGGCGCCCGGAGUGGGGAGAUGCAGCUGUUCUGGGCUCGUGCAACUAAAUUGUAA